AUCUUACUGUAAUGGGAAAACCUCAGAUUCUAGAACCUGUAAAAUCCUCUCUUUCUCCUUAUGGGGAGAUUCUCUAUUCCUUGACGCUACAGAAGUUUUAUCCCACAAAUAUAAACAUCAGCUGGACACGUAAAGCAGGCAAUCUUCAUAAAACAAUACCAGCCAUAGAAAAAAAACAAAAAAACACUGAUGGAACAUUAAAUGUUUGUUCUGAAGUCAAAAUUCCAGAGGACCACAUGAAAGAUCCAUCAUUUUCUGUGCAGGCAACCUGGGAACAUGAGUCCUUGGAUACAGCUGGAAGCAAAACACUAGCUAUAAAAGAUUUCAUUUGGAAACCAAAGGUGGAAGAAAUAAAGACAUCUCUAAUGCUCCAUAAGACACCAUUCACCCUGCAAUGUAACAUCUCACAGUAUUUCCCAGAUGCACUGACUGUGAUAUGGCUGAGAAGAGAAGAAGGAAGCCAGGAAGUAACUGCAGUGACUGACAGACCUGAUAUAAAGUCACACAGAGAUCAGGAUAACACCUACAGCUGCACAACCAGCCUGACUGUCACCCCAACACUAAGUACAGACCAAGGGGCAGAAUAUAUCUGCAGGGUGCAACAUCCCACACUGGUGCAGUCAAUAGAGAGAAGCACCGGGAACCUUAUUGUAAUGGCAAAACCGCAGUUCAUGGAGUCCAUAAAAUACAAUACUGAUUCUUCUCAAGUUAUAUUCUCCCUGAACCUGCGAAGGUUUCACCCUAAGGAAAUUGAGAUCCUCUGGAAGCACGGUGAUAAAUUACAAUAUCAGGAAAAAGACAAAAUCACAAUAACACAGAAUUCUGAUCAGACAUUUGAUGCUGUAAGCGAGUGCUGCUGUCCUAAACAAAUCUUAGAUGAUCCAACAUAUAAAAUCAAUGUGACUUGGAAUCAUGUGACCCUGGACAAUCCUGAAACGAAAAUACUGAAAAUAAAAGAUUUGUUUGGCACGUCCACAUCAAAAAUAUAAUUGCAUCAAGAUUAUAAUCAAAGACCACACUGUAUUGUAAAGCUUCCAAACCUUUACCAGCUAAACUAAUCAUUGGUUAAUAAAGAAGACAGGAAGUGUUAAGGCGUCUGCAAUGUCUAUCGGUUAUCGGAUCAGCAAGACACAAACAAGUGAGGAUAAGACACAAUCCUGUGAAUCUUAGGCAACAUUUACCCCAAAUUCAAACAAACCACAAAUUGUAGAAUUUAUAAUACGUGGUUGUAACUUCACUGAGGAGGAAACAAAGUCUUAAACAGAACCAAAUUUAGAAAAGCUACAAAAGACUAUUUUAUAGAAAGUACUUUUGAUCUUACAGCAAGAGAACCAACAACUUCUCAUUAACUGAUACAGACGUCAUGUGGAUUCAGGAAAAGCUCAACUCUCUGGAAUGCAAAAAAUGUCUUACUCAAAUUUGUGUUGUCCUAUUGAAUGUAUUAAGUCUACAAAUCUACUGCAUACGAUAUUUGUCACUUGAGAACUCUGCAAAUGCCUUAUACAUGCAGAGGAUGCAAAAGUUACUAAUACAGCGCACUGGGAUCACAUUAGCAUUGAUGUUCAAUAAAUACAGUUUGGGCAUGAACUGGGGAUUCUGAUUAAAAUGUAAAGAAAAAAAUGUAUAUAUCUCAGACUGGAGACCCCAGAAUGAAUAAGGAGCCUAAAUAAUUUUUCAUUUUUUUAUUUUCCCAGUUGUAUUUACUUGCUCAUAGACAAUAAAAUAACAAAUGCUAGUACUAUAGUAGUGCCCCCUUAAUUUAUGAAUAUCUAGGUGCAUAAUUAAAGCCAUAAUCACUGAUAAAAGUAAGUAGAAAUUAAAUUAAGAUAUAUUGGUGCUAAGAACCUGAAUAACAGAAGGAUAAGAAUGAAAUUGAUGCUAUUUUUCUUUGUUGAUUCUAAACAUUUUUUUUUAAAGGAAUUGCAAAUAAAAAUGUACUACUCUCCAGAAUAAAGGUAGCUCCGUUUUUAUGCAUGUGGAGAUGAGUGCAUGUUCACAAAUAGAGUUGUGGGAGUUAUCUUUAUCCAGCCAGUAGGCCAUGAGUCCUUAGGUAUGCAUCAUGGAUUUCUUGAUGGAUCAUGCACAAAUAAAAUAAUGUUAAAUUACUUCUUUUUUUAUUGUGCUUUUAAGGACACAGGAAUGGUUUAACAGAAUGUGCUAAAAGUAAAGACUAGUGGCGUGAGUGUAGUAAUGAGCAAUGACGUUUUAGGGGACACCAAGACAGAUAUAUACUGUAUAUGAUUUGCUUCUCUCCUGAGUCAUUCCAACAUAUUUAUAUUACGGGAUCAGAAUGAUUAAGGAUUAACCACAGUGUAUUGUUUGUAAAACCAUAAGGUAGAAAAUACAAUAGUCUUAUUACCCUUUACUUACUUACCCAGCUCCUGGCUGAUUACUCUUCUGCUGUCACUCUGCAGUCUGCAUGCUCUCCCUCUGCUUUCCCCACCUGCCGCACAAAGGUCCUUCAGUCAUGUGCCAUCCAUCAGCACAAAAAAAAAGCUGGCUUAACCUCCUGUACGCACUUUCAAAUGUUAUGUGCGCACGCCGACGGUAGGGCUCUCCAAUCCCCCCCCCCCCCCCUACAGCAAAUGUUCUGGUCUGUGCAGUGUUUUGAAGAUUUAUUAAUUUAUAUAAAAAAAACAUGGUCUACAUUAAAUUGCCCCCUCCAAUCUGCUGCCCUAUGCACAUGCCGUGUUGGACUAGGCUAUAAUACAUAGAUUAACACAUUAACAUCUUAAACUAAUAAUGCACUUGAAAUACAAUAUAAUGUUAAUAAAGGGGUACAUGUGCACCUAAAUAAAAAAAUUUCUCUUUUCUUUGUUCAAUAUAUAAUCAUAAAAUAAUAAAGUUUUAAAAAGCUUGACGUGUAUUUUUUGUUGAUAUAAUUACUCACUCUCUCAAGAUGCAUAAAAUAGUAACCUAGAUAGCUUUUGUAAUUUAGCACCAAAUCUUGCAACGUGCAACUGCAGUUUUGAAAUGAUAUACUUUUUCAUAUAUCUAUAAUGUCAAAUUUAAGUCCAUAUUUCAAUUUGCCCCUAUAUACUUUGAUAUUUAUCUCCUUAUGAAAUAAAAAAUAUCCCUUUAGGAGAACGGAUAUCAAAAGGGCUAGGAUAUGCUGCUAGAAUAGAGCUUGAGAAAGGCUUUGUGAAGCCGAAACGCGUAGCUAUAUUAUUUCAUUUGUCUUCCCUUCACGGCAUCCGUAGUAACAUAGCAGUCAGCUUUAACUUUGACUACACACUGAAAGAAGGCUUGCUAGGGAAAAGCGUUUAAAGGGACAUGAAACCCACAUUUUUUCUUUCAUGAUUCAGAUAGAGAAUACAAUUUUAAACAACUUUCCAACUUACUUAUAUUAUUUUAUUUACUUCCUUUCACUUCUUUGCUGAAAUAUUUAGCUAGGCAAGCUCAGGAGCAGCAGAGAUCCUAGGCUCUAGCUGUUGAUUGGUGGCUGAAUAUAUAUAUAUAUCAAUUGUGAUUGGCUCACCCAUGUGUUCAGUUAAAAACCAUUAGGGCAUUGUUACUCCUACAACAAAUGAUACCAAGAGAAUGAAACAAAUUAGAUAAUAGAAGUAAAUAAGAAAGUUGUUUAAAAUUGUAUUCUCUAUCUAAAAUUUGGGUUUCAUGUGCCUUUAAGUCUUUGGAGGUUCCCAGAUGGCUCAAGGUGGUGGUCUAUAUCUGGAGGUCCUAAGCUCGCUCUGACACAAAGUAAAGCAUCCGUUGUAAGUAACUAAGGGCUCCUUUGUUUAUAAACAUUUUAUAUUUGCCUAAAAAGGAUCUCUUUUUGUUGUUUAUUUGUCUGCAGCUAACUAACAACAGCAAAGAACCUGCUAAAACCUGACCCUUAUUGAAUCUAUUAAUACCUGACCGUAUCGCAUCUCAAAUUAACCAACAUAUUUGUGCUUCAAUACAGACUUUUUAAGGACUUUUAACUUUUUAACUCUUUAUUGCACUUUUGGUUUGAUUUUAUGUGAUCCAUAUGUGUAUGUGAUAUGAUUUGUGAAUGUUAUAUACUUUAUAUUCUUGAUUGUUUUGUUACAUAUUAUUGGUACCAUAUUAAAAUCUAUAUACUGUAUUAUAUAUUGUAUUAUAAAAACUCAUACUCAUAUAUAUGUCAUUUUGUCAAGCCCAUAUAGGGAAUCUUUACUAAAAUCAGCUACUACACAUACAUUCAGCUUCUUUUGAAGCGCAAGUGCAUCUUUCUUUAUACCUGUUUUUCAGGUGUUGAGAAUCCAUUUUUUCACAGUAUUUGAUUUAAGGAGAGAGGGGUUUUAAUUAUAUUCACUUGUAUUGUAUGCAAAUUUAAUUCAGCACUGUGGCACUUCUCUGUUUCAUAACGUGCAACUGCAAUCCUGUCAUUAAAUGUCACUAUGAUCCAUUAAGUACGUACUAUUAAAAAAAAGUAAUAAGUUUAUUUUUGGGCAUAGAGGAAAUUAUAUCACAAGUGUUGUUAUUUUAAUUCAUCUUACUCUCUGUACAAAUAUAUUGUGUUCUUUAUCUAAAUCAUUUCAGUUCAUUAUAACAUAGUUCAUUUGAAUUGGCAAAAAAAAAUGUACAAUAAGUGAACAACAGAACAAAAAUAAAAUCUAAGAACAGCAAACAAAAA